AUGGAGGAAAGCUCAAUUACAGCCAUCAAAGCGGCAUUCAUACGGUCUCAAGUGCGCCAACUCUCCGCGCCGCUCGAGUUUUCAACUCAAUGGCAAGACCUUGCCCCCGAGCCCGAGGAAGGCCGACUGAGUGGAAAAGUCAUCCAAGAUGUCGUUUCGAAAGUCAAUGAGAAGAUUAAACAGCACAAUCGCAUGGUCUACUCGCAGCAAUCACAACGUCAUGUUGCUGAACAAAUCGAGACGUUACACUGGAAUCUCGUUUCCGCCGACUCAGAGCGCGCAGAACUCGACACCGUCGUGGUAAGGAAAGACGCCGACCUCAUGGAAACGCCGACCAUUGAAUCCCUCCCGGAAACCUGGGACGAUUUACACCUGCACCCGGACCACGAAGAGGACGCGGGAAAGGCAGAAACGUUCACCGCGCUGCGCAACGAGUUGCUUGAGCUGAGCAAGAGUCGUGAUAUGCUGAAGCGGAGGCUGGCGCAGUAUCGACAUUGGCGAAAGCUGCUGGAGCCGUUAGACGAUCCGCAGUCGAAUGUUCAACCGAAUCUAGUCACACGAGACGGGGAACUGAGUAAAGAGUUAAAUCGCACGAGAGUCUUGCUCGCAAGGGUUACAGGAAGAGUGUCUGAGAUAGGAAAUUCAUCAGAGCCUCGGACGGACACGAGUACGUCACAAACCAAGUUGGCGCAGACAGACCAGCAGAAGUUAGCACGGGUAAUGGAAUUGACUUGA